AUGGCUUCCCCGUCUUACUCCCCAGGGGCCCCCCGGCGCUACAGGGGCCCCCGCCACCGCUCAAGAAGCCCCUCUUAUGACGAGAGGGGCCCCCACAGGGGCCCCCCCAGGGGCCCCGAGAGGGGCCCCCACAGGGGCCCCUCCCGGGGCCCCUCGGGGGGCCCCUCGGGGGGGCCCCCCAGGGGCCCCUCGGGGGGCCCCUCGGGGGGCCCCUGUGUCGUCUUGGUGGCGAACCUUCCGAGGGAUGUGACCUUUAGAGAAGCGGAGACUCUUUUGGACGAAUUUGGGCGUCUGGCGGCGCUGCCCAGUUUGGACCGUCUGCGGGGCUCAACGGAGGCGACGGCUGAGUUUUGUGACAGCCGAGACGCAAAGGCAGCAGUUAAGGCCCUCGACGGUACCCUUUUUAGUGGCCGCCGCAUUCGUUUGAUGCUGCUGGGGGGCCCCCCGGGGGGCCCCCCGGGGGGCCCCCCGGGGCCCCCCAGGCGGCGCCGGAAGACCCACAGAGAUGACUGGGGCAGGGGGGCCCCCCAGGGCAGCCGCAGCAGCAGCCGCAGUGAGCGAUGGGCAGCAGCAGAGAGCCGCGGGGGCCGCUGGGGGGCCCCCAGGGGCCCCCGGGACCCUUACAGUAGUCCCCGGAGGGGGCCCCCCUCUCGGUACCCUAGGGGCCCCCGCGAGGAGGCCCCCAGCGACUACCGGCGCAGCCGCAGCAGCAGCAGACGCAGCCGCAGCAGCAGCAGCAGCAGACGCAGGGGGCCCGGGCUUCCGCAGCAGCAGCAUGAGUCCAGGGGCUGCGGGGCGGCGGCGCAGCAGCAGCAGCCUCCGGAGAGACAAAAGAAGCAGCAGCAGCAGCAGCAGCAGCAGCAGCAGACGGAGGGGCCCCCACAGCCACAGAGCAGCAGCAGCAGCCCGGCGGCUGAGCGCCUCCCCGGGGCCCCGGCGCAGCAGCAGGGGCCCGCUGCAGUGCAGCAGCAGCAGGAGGAGCUGCAGCAGACGCAGAAGCAGCAGCAGACGCAGAAGCAGCAGCAGAAGGAGAAGCAGCAGCAGAAAGAGAAGCAGCAGAAGCCACUCCCCCAGACGGGGCCCCACACUGCAUGCGCGGGGGAUCGGAUCCCAGGAUCGCAGCCGCCGCAGCAGCAGCAGCAGCAGCAGCAGAAGAGACAGACAGAGGCGGCCCGCAGCAGCAAGCCGCAGCAGCAGCAGCAGCAGCAGACGGCCAGCGGGCUCGCGGACUCCCCGGGGAAGGCAGGCGCGUUCGACAUUGAGGAGCCCCGUGCUGCUGCUGCUGCUGCUGCUGCAGCAGCAGCAGCAGCAGCAGCAGACCGGAGAAGCCCCUCUCUCUCAGAAGAGCGGAGGCCACGGCAGCAGCAGGCGGAGAAGAAGGAGCUGCAGCGCAGCAAAGGCAGCAGCAGACGCAGCAGCAGACGCAGCAGCAGAAGCAGCAGCAGGGGCUGGGGCAGCAGCAGGAAGCGCAGAGGUGUCUGCUGCGAAGUUGAGGCCAGCAGAAGCCCCAGCAGACAAAGGCGCAGCAGCAAGAGCUCUGCUGCUGCUGCUGCUGCUGCUGCUGCUGCUGCUGCUGAGGAGCGCCCCAGAGGAAGCCGGCGCAGCAGCAGGAGCCCUGCUGCUGCUGCUCCUGCUGCUGCUCCUGCUGCUGCUGCUGCUGAGCCGACGACGAAUGGGCCCGUGGGAGCAGCAGCAGACGCAGCAGCAGCUGGGGAGGAAGCCAAAAGAGAAGCAAAAGAGGAGAGCAGCAGCAGCAGCGCAGCAGCAGCAGAACCGAAAGUGCUGCAGCAAAAGCCCGCGGGCCCCCCCAAGACUGAGGGGCCCCCGGAGGCCCCCAGGCCCUCAAAUGCGCAGCAGCAGCUGCUGCAGCAGCGGCUGCAGCAGCGGUCGGGGGCUGGCCAGGGAGCAGCAGACGCGUCUUCUGCUGCUGCACUUGCGGAGGCCUAUUUGCUGGCAGCAGGCGAGGAGGAAGCUGCUGCUGCUGCUGCUGGAGGCGAGCAGCAGGAGCAGCAGCAGGAGCAGCAGCAGGAGCAGCAGCAGGAGCAGCAGCAGCCUGCUGAAGACUCGCCUAAGGUAGCAGCGGGCGAACCGCAGCAGGAGCUUGAGGCCUCCUCGGAAGCAGCAGCAACAGCAGCAGCAGCAGCAGAAGCAGACGCAGCAGCAGCAGCAGCAGAAGCUGCUGCCAAAGAGAGACACGAGAGACGCCUGGGCCUCCCCAAGACAACGAGGCCCCAAGAGGGCAGGACGGGAGGAGCGAGCAGCAGCAGCAGCAGCAGCAGCAGCAGCAGCGGAGGAGGGGGGCAACGAGGGCUCGCAGGGCAGCGGCGACGGCGACAGCAGCAGCAGCAAAAUGUUCAGAAGAAGGGGCCUCAAUCCGCGGAAGAAGGAAGCAGAAGAAGAGGGUUUGUCUCCUUUCCGGGGGCAGCAGCAGCAGCAGCAGCAGCAGCAGCAGCAGCAGCAGCGACAGGGGCCGCGGCGCAGCAGCAGCAGGAGCCGGAGCUACAGCCGCAGCCGCAGCCGCAGCAGCAGACGCGGGCGGCGGCGCAGCAGCAGCAGCAGCCGCUGCAGCUGGCGGGGGGCCCCCCGCAGCCGCAGAGACCCCAGGGGGGGGGCCCCCCGCUGCAGCGAAGAUUACUUUUAUGA